AUGCGAAUCUACUACGGUAUGCCAGGUGAAUUUGAGUUCGGGUAUUUAAGAGCUGUUUUUCAGGUGUCACUUACUUUAAAGUUUUACGUUUUUAGACAUUUUAGUUGUUUAACUUUGUGAAUUUUAAUUUUUAGCUGUUUGAUACUAAGUAAGACUUUAGAAAAUGACUGUCAAGUGUAAAGUUUUGUUAUAGUGUACUAUGUAUUACGAUUUGAAACUUAAUUUACAUAUAAUAGAUACGACUAUGUUACUUAUAAUAUUUAUGUCUUAUCACCUAUGUCUAACUUGAUAUUCAGUUCUAGGUGCAGGCGGAAGCCAAGUGCCGGAAUGGCGCACCACGCCAUUGAUUGGGUGAAACGUAUGUUCUCAACGCGUAACAUUACAUCGCUGCUGAUAGUUGCUCUACUGGCUUCUGCUGAUCGGUAUGUUCAGGAAGUACCUGGUAUUGAAGGUGAUUUUACUGUAGAUCAUGCACGCUUCAAACGAGCUACCAAGAAGAACAAAACAAAGCACAGUACCGGUAAGAGUAUACUUAAGGGUAGCGUUCCAGAUAAGUUGUUUCAAGUUGAGAGAUAACUAUAGUAUACUGUAAUAUGUAACUUAUUCUUUCAGAUGAAUAUGACUACACAGAUUCUGAAGGCAAAUUGAAGUCGGCCGACUGGGCCAAUAUCAACUUUGCCUUCUGGUGUAUCUUCGGCUUUGUUUUGAUGGUAAUUCAGUUGUGGACAUGCAUCGCUGGAAGACGAAUGAGGAACGAUGGAGUUAGAUGGCAUACGUUGUAUGUCACUAUCUUCAUGAUCAUCAAAAUUGUAAGUUAAAAACUUGUCUUCAUAAAGAUGUUACUUUCGCAUGAUUUUGAAUACGGAAAGAUAUAGUAAUAUUAUCAUAGAUAUAAAGAUUUGUGUUACUUUUCUGCGUUGCAUAUAACUUCUUUUAGUUUAUUUUUGUUGAUAUUGACGAAAGUAGCCCAUGGCAAGACUACAUGAGAAACACGUACGUUACUAUCCACCAGCAAGCCAUUCAAUGGAUCACUCUGACCGCCUUCCCGGCUUGUAAGUACAUUAAUACAAUAAUAUAAAGUAAAGGACUAUUUGAUAAUAUUUUAGUAUUAUAUACAAUAAAAAUAUAUUAUAAAUACUUUUUAAACCUAUGAUGGGACACUUCUGACUUACUUUUUUAUUAAGCAAUUGUUUUGAUGACACCAUUGUAUUUGGUAUGUUAUGGAGCAUCUAGUUUGAGAAAAACUUACUUCUUCAAAUGGUUACUGUGGAUUGCGGUAUAUGGGUUGCUCCUUGGUGUUAACCUCUACUUGGCUUUGCAAUAUGUAAGUUAAUAUUAUAAAAAACUUACGGUAACUUCUUUGUCAAAGUAAUUGUUUUACUUUUUAGAUAGCAAAGUUGACAGGCGAUGGCACAGUUCCAACAGGAACAUGGCUUGAGGUCUACCAGUUUUACGUCAUGGUAGCUUUCUACAUUACUAUCGUGUACUUGCUUCUGUUUGCGUUGGCUUCUUCUGGCUACUUUAUCUGCUUCGCUUUACUGAACUGUAAAACGGUUGAAGGCAGAUUGAGCGAUGUAAGUUACCAAUAUGAAACUUACUCUUGCUUAUAACUAAAUCUUAAUUCUAAAAGACUAAAAAAUAUUAAAAAAGUAAUGUAGAUUAGAGGUGCAUAUGAAAUAGUCAAAAAUACGGUACACCAAAAAAUGAAAAUAUUUUUUUAGAAGUUUAACGACCUGAUUGACUUGUUUUCCUUUUGGCUCAAUGUCGUCGUUGUAUGUGUGUUCGUAUGUACUCAGAAUGCCGAGAAUUCGUUCAACUACUUCAUGUUGAACGUCUACCCAACCAUCAUGGACUACAUGACAGAACUUAGCACUGUUAGCACCGUUGUCAGUGCUGGCUCUUCUCUAGACUUGGCUACUUUGUUGACCAUUGCUGAUGAACUGAAGAGCGUCGUCGUCUUUUUGGAAGCUUCUGAAUUGUACUUGCCCACGGCGUUCUUCUUCGCCAAUGUAAUCUUUUUGCCAGCCUUCAGAGAAUCCUUUAUAUCACUGUUGACUUGUGGAGCGUGCUACCGUAACGACAAGAAUGGAUCGUGCUGGACCCUCAUUCCAAACAGAUACCGGUCGAUUUACCCGUUGGAAGCGUUGCGUUGGGCACAUCCUGGGAUGAUUGCCCAAGGCAUCGUACCACCGCCUCCGGCUUCUGUUGACAUUUCUAGUAGUCCAUUGGCAUUUGUGCAUCAGAAUGACAAGAAGGAGUUGAUGGUGGAACAGUUGGAGUAA